AUGGGAAGCAGAGCUUUUAGCUGCUCUGCUCCCAGGCUGUGGAACUCUCUACCCCCAGAUUUUCCACAACAUGACUGUAAGGGCGAGGAUGGGCUCACAAAUCAGCAGGUCUGUAACCAGGAGAAGAACUCCAGUCUACACCAGAAGGAUCCUUCACAGAUUAAAGAGGAACAGGAGGAACUCCGUACCACUGAAGAGGAAAAACCGCUUCUUCUAAAGCAGGAGACUGCAACUUUUCCUGCUGGUGAAGCAAGUGACCACAGUGAACCAGAACCAAGCAGUGACCAGCUCCUUUCUCACAACUCUCCUGUCACAGAUCAGGAUGAAAUCAAGGAUGGUAACUCACACAGAAAGGAGUCGGAGGAAAUAGUAUCAGGUCUGACAGUUCAAAAUUCCAAGACAGCACAUUUAUGUAGCACCUGUGGGAAAAGAUUUUAUAGGUUAGAAACAUUGAGUCGACAUAUGCAAAUUCACACAGGUGAGAAGCCACAUUCUUGCAGCACCUGUGGCAAAAGAUUUAUUUGGAAGGCAGACUUGACUAUACACAUGCGAAGUCACACAGGUGAGAAACCACAUUCUUGUAGCACCUGUGGGAAAAGAUUUACUACGAAGGGUCCAUUGAAGAUACACAUGCGAAUUCACACAGGUGAGAAGCCACAUUGUUGUUGCACCUGUGGGAAAAGAUUUACUCAGAGGGGUCAGUUGAAGAGUCACAUGCAAAUUCACACAGGUGAGAAGCCACAUUCUUGUAGCAACUGUGGGAAAAGAUUUCGUUUGAAACAAAUUUUGAAUAGGCACAUGCGAAUUCACACAGGUGAGAAGCCACAUUCUUGUAGCACCUGUGGGAAAAGAUUCACUCAGAAGGGUCAGUUGAAGAGUCACAUGCGAAUUCACACAGGUGAGAAGCCACAUUCUUGUAGCACCUGUGGGAAAAGUUUUACUCAGAGUGGUCUGUUGAAUAGACACAUGCGAAUUCACACAGGUGAGAAGCCACAUUCUUGUAGCACCUGUGGGAAAAGGUUUAGUUUGAAACAAAUUUUGAAUAUGCACAUGCGAAUUCACACUGGUGAGAAGCCACAUUCUUGUAGCAUCUGUGGGAAAAGAUUUACUCAGAAGAGUCAGUUGAAGAGUCACAUGCGAAUUCACACAGGUGAGAAGCCACAUUCUUGUAGCACCUGUGGGAAAACAUUUAUUCAGAAGGGUCACCUGAAGAGUCACAUGCAAAUUCACACAGGUGAGAAGCCACAUUCUUGUAGCACCUGUGGGAAAAGAUUUACUCAGAAGAGUCAGUUGAAGAGUCACAUGCGAAUUCACACAGGUGAGAAGCCACAUUCUUGUAGCACCUGUGGGAAAACAUUUAUUCAGAAGGGUCACCUGAAGAGUCACAUGCAAAUUCACACAGGUGAGAAGCCACAUUCUUGUAGCACCUCUGGAAAAGAUUCAGGCAGAAGGAAACUUGAAAUAACACAUACCAGUUCACAAAAGUGA